AUGCGAGGGCUUUUGACCUCUAUUCGCUGGCAAUCAGGCGCACGGCGGUUUUCAACUUGCUCGCCCACCAUGACUCGAACAUAUGAGGCUGCGAUCGCCUCUUUGAACUCCUUGCAAACUAAUUAUGCGAUUGUGGAAGAGCUUCGGAAAUCCGUUUCGAGGAAGGAGAUGAAUGAGCGCUCACUCCCGGAGACAGUGGAGUGGUUGCAGCGCAUCGGAUACAAGCCUUCCGACCUCAACCGGUUGAACGCUGUUCAUGUCGCCGGCAGCAAAGGCAAGGGCUCGACCUCCUCAUUCAUCUCCACCAUUCUCUCCCAAUACACCAAAGCAGAGGACGACAACCCCACCCCCGAAGCUUCACAAGAUCGGCCUCUAUACCUCCCCCCACCUCCGAUCGACAAUUCCCCAUUGUCGGAGGAGCAAUUUGCGCUAUGGGAUCGCCUUGAGGAAUCUGCUAGAGCAGCAGGCCGAAAUCCCACGGAACCGGGCACAAAACCGCAAUACUUCCGGUACUUGACACUCAUGGCAUUCCAUACGUACCUGAGCGAGGGUGUGGACGCCGCAGUGAUCGAAUGUGGAAUUGGUGGUCAAUACGACUGCACCAACGUCAUCCCGCAGCCCAAGGUGACUGUGAUCACAAGUCUUGGAAUUGAUCACACGGCGAUGCUUGGAGAUACCAUCGAGCAGAUCGCAUGGCACAAGGGUGGUAUUGCCAAGCCUGGCGCCAAAGGCUUCGCAGCACCACAACCCCCGAGUGCCGAAGAAGUUCUGACCAAGCGUGCUGAGGAGGCUGGUACCCAGCUAGAAAUAGUGGCUAACCACCCCGAACUCCGUCCCGAGAGCAGCAAUGUUUCCCUUGGUUUGGCUGGAGACUUCCAGUACCUCAACGCCUCCGUGGCAGUGGCUGGUGCCGCAGAAUUCUUGCGCUGCACUGGUGUAGAUGUCCCGGAAAACAUCAUGGAGGAUCCACUCCCGGCGAAGUUCAAGACCGGCCUCGAAGAAGCCCGCCUAGGUGGCCGGUGCGAGACUCGAUUCGAGAAGAACGUCUCCUGGUAUAUCGAUGGCGGGCAUACCUUGGAGAGUAUCCGUCUGGCGGGUCAGUGGUUUGCGUCGCGAAUCCUCGCUGAUUCAUCGUCCGAAGACAUCGCCGCUCGGAAGACACGGAUCUUGAUCUUCAACCAACAGACUCGUGACAGCACAGCUCUUGCUCGUGCUCUCCACGAGACUCUCGCCGCCGCCCUGGGACAUGAUACCCCAUUCACACACGCCCUUUUCUGCACCAACAUCACUUACAAACAGGCAGGCUUCCGGCCUGAUCUGGUCAGCAUGAAUACAAAUGCUGAUGAUCUCGAGCUUUUGCGAGUCCAAAAAUCCCUCGCCGUGGAGUGGAAUGCCAUCGAUCCCCUCGCACAAACUCAUGUAUUUGGUACUAUUGAGGAGGCUGUUGACUUCGCCCGCGAAGUUGCAGGCCAAGAACGCAAGGUCAUGCAAAAGGAUGAGGCCCCGGUCAUGACGUUCGUCACCGGCAGUAUCCAUUUGGUCGGCGGAUUCCUCGACGUGGUGGAAACCAAGCCACCCACUGACGCAUGA